UGAGAUAUAAAUUGUGGGCAAGGACAAAAGGUAGGCAGCAAUGUGUAUAAAUACAGCCUCUUGCUGAAAAUCAAGCACCUUGAGGAAGUUUAGCAACAGAAUAGGAAGAGCUUGGAUAGAGCCUGCAAUAAAUUGGAUUCUGAUCUACUUCUUCCAAGAUACCAAGGCUAAAUACCUAUCAUGCUGGAUCUAUAUACAGCUGUGCUUGGGCUUUUGAUUCUUCUGCCCAUGGUGGGCAGAUUUUUCUUUCCUUAUUUUUGGUUGGAUCUGAAAAACAUUAUUGCCUACCUACUAGUGGGAUAUCGAUGCCACAGAUACAUGCAGGGCACUCCCCCUAUCACUCUCCUAGAAAUAUUUUUGGCCAAAGUUAAGAAGUAUUCAAACAAACCCUUGAUUCUCUUUGAAGAUGAGGUUUAUUCCUACCAAGACAUUGAUAGAUACAGCAAUCAGAUAGCCAGAGUAUUGAAGGACUAUGUCGGGCUGAAAGAAGAGGACACCAUGGCUGUUUUCUUCAAGACCAGCCCUUCCUAUCUCUCAGUUUUUAUCGGCUUAUCAAAGAUUGGCUGUACCAUGGCAUGUAUCAAUUAUAACAUACGACUCAAAUCUCUGAUACAUGCUCUGAAAACUUGCAAGGCUAAAGUUCUUCUAUCAACUCCAGAUUUAAAAGAUGCCAUUGAAGAUGUCCUGCCUACUUUAAAUGAUGAAGGGAUAUGUGUUUUCUAUCUGAGUGAUGAUUCCCCAACUGAAGGUGUAGAGCCACUACUCAAACGGAUCAAAUUAAGUUCUGCUGAAUCAGUGCCAUUUUCCUUCAGAGCCAAUGUAACAGCUAAAUCUGUAUGUCUAUAUAUUUUCACCUCUGGGACCACAGGACUCCCCAAAGCUGCUACCAUUUCCCAGAAGAAAGCAAUAAUGGGGUCCCAUCUGUUUUACCUGUCCGGUGUCCAUAACAAAGAUGUUGUUUAUUGUCCACUUCCUCUGUACCACUCAGCUGGAUUCCUUGGGCUUGUGGCAACCAUAAACAGGGGAGCUACAUGUGUUUUGAGGCCCAAGUUCUCUGUUUCUCAUUACUGGGAUGACUGCAGACGUUAUCAUGUCACUGUAAUUCAGUAUGUAGGAGAAAUGAUGCGCUACUUGUGUAAUGCACCAAAGAGAGAUAAUGACCGUGACCAUAGGGUAAGACUAGCCAUUGGCAAUGGAAUGCGGAUAGAGGUUUGGAAGGAGUUCCUGAAUAGAUUUGGACCCAUCAAAAUCCGUGAAGUUUAUGGAGCUACUGAAGGAAAUGCUGGAUUCCUUAAUUAUGUAGGAAAAGUUGGAGCAGUGGGAAAGUCCAAUUUCUUUUAUAAGAAAAUGUUCAACUAUGAAUUUGUGCAAUAUGAUGUGGAUGCAGAUCAGCCUGUGAGAGAUGAGAAGGGGCUCUGUAUCCCAGUGCCUACAGGACAGACAGGUUUAAUGGUGGUAAAAAUAAGUAAGACUGUCCCAUUUGAAGGCUAUGCAGGAGAUUAUGGAAACACAGAGAAAAAAAUUCUCCAUAAUGUCCUGAAGAAAGGAGACAGUUAUUUUAAUACUGGAGAUCUUUUGAGGGAAGACCAUGAAGGUUUUAUCUAUUUCCAUGAUCGAGUGGGAGAUACUUUCCGCUGGAAAGGAGAGAACGUGGCCACCACUGAGGUUGAGAUGACAUUGGCAGUUUUGGAUAUCAUUGAGGAAGUCAAUGUAUAUGGAGUACCAGUGCCAGGGCAUGAAGGAAAGAUUGGGAUGGCAGCUAUACGGCUGAAGGAUGGGUGCCCAUUUGAUGGAAAGAAACUGUUCAUACAUACCAAGGAUUAUCUGCCUAGCUAUGCCAUACCCCGCUUCAUUCGUAUCCAGGAAAAGUUGGAGAUCACAGGAACUUUCAAGCAGUGCAAAACUCAGCUGGUGAGUGAUGGAUUCAAUCCUGCCACCAUCAGUGAUCCCCUUUUCUUCCUGGAUGACUCAGAGAAGAACUACAUACCCAUGACUGAGGAGAUCUACUGCUCCAUUUUAGAAAAUAAAAGAAAACUCUGAAGGAAAAUUCAAAGAGGAGCUUAGCAGUGUUACUUGAACAGCUUUAGAAGUGGCAAGAUCUCUGAUUGCAGCCAUUCAUGUUUUGAUUUUGCUCAAGAAGGAAAGAUAUAUGGCCAGAAUAUUAAUUCUUCUUAAUGUAUUUGUAUAUUCUUGAGACAUCUGUUUAAUCCAGUAGCUGGGAAAUUUUUGGAAAUAAUAAUAAAAUGUUGCCAUUUUCUCUUGCCACAAGAAACAUUUACUUUGGAGUGAAGCUUAUUCUCAAGAAAGUAUUUGGGAAGGUUAAUUCUUUUCCUUCAGCACCAUUCCACAUCCUGCUUUGUAUCCAAUGUGGGAGAAGUUAUAUCAAAGGAGGCUCAAAACAUCAAUAUAUUAUUAAAAUUCACAUCAAUACAUGUUCAUGCACAUGUCUAACAUUCCCCCCUCCUUAAAAGCACUCAUUUCUAAACUCAGGUCCUGUCAAAAUACCCCUUUGUAUAUUAUUAUUUUAAAAUAUAUUUUAAUAUCAAUGUAAUCUAGCAACCAAUCUUGGACAAGAGAGGCCUGGAUUCAAAUUACCAUUUGAGCUGUAUGCUCACUGGAUGAAUUGGGCCACUUUUUCUCACCUUAAUCGAUCUCAUAAGCCUGCAAUUAAAUGAGUAAAAUAUGGGAGGACCCUCAUCACACUUUUGUAUCCCAUCUCAAGGAGGGAAAAAAGGGAUAUUGUAAUCUUCACCUUGACAAACAAGAUCAAAACAGCCACUUCCACAAAUAUUUUAGAUUUUUUUAAAAAGUGAGAACUAUAUUGCAACAAC